GUACCUCGCUGCCCCAGCCGUGCGCGCGCUGGCGCGAUUUGUAUCAUGGAAAUGAACAAACUGUGAAGCAUCGCUGAAUGUGACGUUAUCUAUGCAUCAGCCAGCUCCGUCGGCUCUCUCGGGGCUGUGCCGAGUCACCGACUGUCUUUACCUGAGUAAUGCCCGAGCGGCCGGUGAUCCCCGCCAGGUGACUGGCUGCGGGAUAACCUGCAUCAUCAACGUCACUGAGAAAAAGGGCAGCGUCUCGCCCCCUCCAGGGGUGGAGUACUUCCACAUCCCGGUCUCUGAUACCCCGGUCUCUCGACUCAGCGAUCACUUUGACGAGGUGGCGGAUAAAAUCCAGGUUACAGCGGAGAGCAGCGGCCGCACGCUGGUGCACUGCAACGCCGGGGUGAGCCGCUCCGCAGCCCUGUGCAUGGCUUACCUAAUGAAGCACCGCGGCGUGAGCCUCCUAGAGGCCCACGGCUGGGUCAGGACCUGUCGCCCUGUCGUGAGACCCAAUAACGGGUUCUGGAAACAGCUCAUCCAGUAUGAGGGGGAGCUUCGUGGUUGCAACUCUGUCCGCAUGGUGUCCUCAUCCAUGGGAGAGAUACCUGACAUUUAUGAAGAGGAGGCCAGGAAUAUGAUGCCACUGUGAGGGAAGCACGCUUCUUUGUGUGUGGUGGGAAAGUGGGACAUAAUUUCACAAUGAUCUGCAGUGUGCUGGCCUUAACUGUAAAAUCCUGUGCAGCCUUGAAAGGAAGCAUAAACAGUGAAUGCGUUUCCUUCAGGCCCUCAUAAUAAUGGGCAGUUGUGCAGAGUAACAGUGAGCUACUGUAUAAUUUUUGCCUGCCGUGGUUUUUCCAUGGUGCAUUUGGCCACCUCUUGAUUAUGUGAGAUUUUUGGUGAGCUCAGGAACCGCUUGCAGAUAUGAACCCUCCAUCAUUCUGCAAAAUGCUCAAACAUCCAGGAGGAGUGAGAUUUACCACAACAGGAGCUCUAAAGAUAGGCUUGUAGUAGGCUUCUACUCAAUGUGACUAAAUGCUGCUCCACUAUCUUUCAGAUCAAUGUGUACUUUUUAUACCACAACAUUUAUCUGAAAAAUUACAGGAUGUCAUAUUAAAGGAUUCAAAGCUUAUAAAAUACAACAGAAUAAAUGAGUGAUUGCCAUUCUCAUUGAGUUAUUCCACAUAAAAUUAACCAAAUCCCUCAAUAAGGCAAAUAGUAUCAUCUGCACUAUUAACACCGAUCGAAGAAAAAUGGCAGCCACGAAAUUCUCUUGAGUCAUAAGGAAUCAUUGCUGGAAGAUGAUCCUAGUACCAAAAUGUAAAGUUUACACAUUGUACUUUUUUUUGGGGGGGGGGGGUGAUGAGUCAUCAGAAAAACAUCCAGGUGACGGUUCUUGUUUCUGUUAUUCUGCGUCACUGUAAUAAUAAAAAUAUUUUUGGCUUUAGAGUGCAACACUGA